GUACAUGGGUUUCCGAUAUAUCAGUGAAGAAUGUUCAGAAGCUGUCUUUAUUCUUUGCCUGCAGUCUAUCAUUGGAGUUAUAAUUCAAUGUUUUAUUGUAGGCAUGAUCUUUGCCAAGUUCUCUCGACCAAAAAAGCGCCAACAGACCAUCAUGUUCAGUCGAAAUGCCAUCAUUUGCCUUCAUGAUAGCAAACUUUGUUUGAUGUUCCGCGUUGGUUACAUGCGAAAAUCAACUAUGAUUGGUGCUCAAGUAAGCUUGCAUUUAAUAAAAAGAAAGAUCACAGCAGAAGGGGAGAUCAUUCCGUACUACCGCUAUAUUCUAGAGGUGCAACACCACAGUGCUAACAACAGCAUUCUUCUGUCGUGGCCAGUUGUGGUGGUCCAUGAGAUCAAUCAAGAUAGUCCACUAUACACCAUGUCAGCUGAUGAUUUUUUGAAGGACAAAUUUGAAAUAGUGGCUAUCUUGGAGGGAAUUUCAGAGUCGACUGAUCAGUCCUUCCAAGCAAGAACCUCCUUUCUGUCCAACGAGAUUCUUUGGGGUCACCGGUUCGAACAACUACUCACUUACAGAAAAGACACUAGCGACUUUCUAGUUGACUUUGGAAAAUUCAACAACACCUAUGAAGUCAAGAUUCCCCUUUGUAGUGCUCAACACUUUUAUGGGUUUCAAAAAUCCUACAGCCUGGAUCAUGGAAACUAUAACUUGGAGGAAAAAAAACAGGAGAAAAUGACUUAUGUGCGCAAAGACAACAGGUCCACCUGCUCGGUAUAAUUGGUUUGAAAAAUCAGUAGGUUACAUCAAGAAGACGUUAAUUGGUGAGACGUAAAUAAGUACGUUUUUCGAUUUUUUUAUACAUUAUGUGAAUUUUCUAAUGACCAAUAGACUGCAGAAGCUGAAUGUACAGAAGACAGGAUCAAUGAAUGUGGAGAACGUUUUCAAACUAUUUUUGUAUGGAACAUUUAAAAUUAUUUUAAUAUAAACAAGAUUUUGUUUGGGCUCAACAUAUUUAAUUUGCUAGACCAAAAUACAUGAUAGAAAGCAAAGGGUUUCACAAUAUAGUGAUGGUCUAGUCACAUCCUUUGAUGUUAAUUAAAACAUUUAUAUUGUAUCAGUUGACAGACGAAAAGAGUUGUAACAGUUCUUCUUUCUUCAAAACUAAAACAAAUAAUUAACCCUGUAUUAUCUAGAGCUAACACAUCAUAUAAAUCUGGCAUAUCUAUAUUGCUUGGUUCCUGUAUUAUCAAGAGCUAACACAUCAUGUAUAUCUGGCAACCUUAUAUUGCAUGGUUCCUAUAUUAUCCAGAGAUAAUAACACAUCAUGUAUAUCUGACAUCCUUAUAUUGGUUGGUUCCUGUAUUAUCCAGAGAUAAUAACACAUCAUAUUGCUUGGUUACUGUAUUAUCCAGAGCUAACACAUUAUGUAAAUUCGGCAUCCUUGCAUUGCUUGUUUCCUGUAUUAUCCAGAGCUAACACAUCUUGUAAAUCUGGCAUCCUUAUAUCGUUUGGUACCUGUAUUAGCCAGAGAUAAUAACACAUCGUGUAAAUUUGGCAUCCUUAUUUUGCUUGGAUCCUGUAUUAUCCAAAUCUAAUACAUCAUUUAAAUCCCGCAUCGUUAUAUUGCUUGGUUCUUGUAUUACCCAGCGCUAACACAUCAUGUAAAUUUGGAAUCCUUACCUUGCUUGGUCCCUGUAUUAUCCAGAGAUGAUAACACAUCAUGUAUAUCUGGCAUACUUACAUUGCUUGGAUCCUGUAUUAUCCAGAGCUAACACAAUAUUUAAAUUUGACAUCCUUAUAUUGUUUGUUUCCUGUAUAAUCCAGAGCUAACACAUCAUGUAAAUCUGGCAUCCUUAUAUUGUUUGGUUCCUGUAUUAUCCAGAGAUAAUAACACAUCGUGUAAAUCUGGCAUCCUUAUAUUGCUUGGUUCCUGUAUUAUCCAGAGCUAACAC